GGCAUUACUGUUUCUUGGUGUGCAUGAAAACAACGCAAGCAGUUGAGAAAAUUGCUAAGAAGUGUGUUCCGGGGAUGCUCUAGGAGGAGACUGAAUGCCGAGGCGAGUUCCAGUCCAAAGGUGUUUGAUUUACCCAGAAGAAAGUGAACAUCAUGGAUCAGAACAACAGCCUGCCACCUUAUGCUCAGGGCCUGGCCUCCCCUCAGGGUGCCAUGACUCCUGGAAUCCCUAUCUUCAGUCCAAUGAUGCCCUAUGGCACAGGACUGACUCCACAGCCUAUUCAGAAUACCAACAGUCUGUCAAUCUUGGAGGAGCAGCAAAGGCAGCAGCAGCAGCAGCAGCAGGCACAAGCACAGCAGCAGGCGCAGCAGCAGCAGGCGCAGCAGCAGGCGCAGCAGCAGCAGCAGCAGCAGCAGGCGGUGGCGGCAGUUCAGCAGUCAGCAUCCCAGCAGGCAACACAGGGGGCCUCGGGCCAGACACCACAGCUCUUCCACUCACAGACUCUUACCACUGCACCUUUGCCAGGCACCACUCCCCUGUAUCCCUCCCCCAUGACCCCCAUGACCCCUAUUACCCCUGCCACGCCAGCCUCUGAGAGCUCUGGGAUCGUGCCACAGCUGCAAAAUAUUGUAUCUACAGUGAAUCUUGGCUGUAAGCUUGACCUAAAGACCAUUGCACUUCGUGCCCGAAAUGCUGAAUAUAACCCCAAGCGGUUCGCUGCUGUAAUCAUGAGAAUAAGAGAGCCCCGAACCACUGCACUAAUAUUCAGUUCUGGGAAAAUGGUGUGCACAGGAGCCAAGAGUGAAGAACAGUCCCGACUAGCAGCAAGAAAAUAUGCCAGAGUUGUACAGAAGUUAGGUUUUCCAGCAAAGUUUUUGGACUUCAAGAUUCAGAACAUGGUGGGGAGCUGUGACGUGAAAUUCCCCAUAAGGUUAGAAGGCCUUGUGUUGACCCACCAACAAUUUAGUAGUUACGAGCCAGAGUUAUUUCCUGGUUUAAUCUACAGAAUGAUCAAACCCAGAAUUGUUCUUCUUAUUUUUGUUUCUGGAAAAGUUGUAUUAACAGGUGCUAAAGUCAGAGCAGAAAUUUAUGAAGCAUUUGAAAAUAUCUACCCUAUUCUAAAGGGUUUCAGGAAGACGACAUAAUGGCUGUUAUGUACUCCUGCCUUCGCACCCACUUUUUUUUUUUUUUAAAACAAACAAAUCAGUUUUGGUACAUUUAAACGGUGGUGGUGUGGAGGGUUCCAGCUUGGUGAGAAGAUGGACGUUCUGUGGGUUGCAGCACCAGGUGAGGUUCUGUGGCGUGCAUUCCCCGUGGGGAUGCUGGGAAGUGGUAUUCUGCGCAGAGAACACUGCAGCGUCAUGUGAGUUGCUCAUACUGUGCUGCUGUUUGGGCUGUGCUGCCUGUUUAUUUAUACUUAGAUUUUAAACACAUACUGCUGUUGACAAGUUGGUAUGAGGUACAGAACUUCAAAUGUUAAAGCCACCUCUGCAGUUGAUUGGACUUUUUCUUUUAGUUUCUUCCCCAUAAACCAGUUUUUAUAUUUCUACCAGAAAAGUAAAAAUCUUUUUUAAAAGUGUUGUUUUUCUAAUUCGUGACUCCUAGGGUUAUUUUUGUGCCAGACACAUUCCGCCUUUUCAGUAUUGCAGGACAGAGUAGAUGUAUUACAGAAAAUGAAUGGCUGUACAUAUUUUUCUUCCUUCAGAGUCUCUGUACAAUAAAUGCUGUUUAUAAAAGUGUUAGAUUGAUGUUAUGAUACCUUGUAAGAUUCAUGUGAUCAUACUCUUAAAGUUUAUAUUUUAGAUAUAAGAUAUAAUUGUCUGAAACCAUUUCAGUGUGUGCUUGUUUGCUUACUUGUUUGUUUCAGUCAACAUUUCAUUGUAUGUUGCAGUUUUAAUGGAGGAACUACCUGAAAAUUUAAGGUUUGUCACGAAACAUGUAUUUAUUAUGUCCAUAUAUUGACCACUUCCUGUUUCCCAGAUAUAUUGCCUACAAUUCUCACAAAACCUGUAAUUAGGUUUUGUCCUCCUCCUUAGGUGAGAAAACUCUGGCCUCAGCUGAGGGAUGAGGUAUUUGCCCCAGGUUACCUAGCCAGUGAGUGACAAAAUCAGGCUCCUUCAGUAUUAAGUAUUAAUACUUCAGUAUUAAAGCUGGGGUAUGUGUACAGCCUAGUGAGGUGUUUGGUUUUUUUCUCAAGUUUAUUAACUGGAAACUUGUAAGUUCUUGGGUUUUAUUGUUGGAGUUAAUUGUAAGUGUAUUUUCAAGCAGUUCGGAGGCACAUUAUGAGAAUGGAAAGGGUCUUCUGUUUACUACUCGGGUAUCUCCCAAGCCCCCUCCUGUACAGAUUCUUUCCUUUUGGGGGUGCUUUUGAUCCCAUAUUUAGAAAAUACUAAAGCAUAUGUUCAGUUGUAUAGCUUCACUUUUUUUUCAGUCACUAUGUCAUAACCAUAUUUCCAUGACAUGGAGUCCAAUGGCAUCACAAAUAUAUGGCAUCUCUUAUGUACCUUUAUGUAUUUACCUGUUUCCUUAACUACGGUCAUUGACAUUAGUAGCAGUGUUCCACCAUCAUCAACAGUGCUGUAGGAAACACCCUUACAUGCUUGUUUCUGGUGAAGUGCAUACAUUUCUGUAGUGAACGUGCCUGGGAGAGGAAUCCUCCAGAGAGGACAGUGUGUGAGGUACUGUGUUCUUGUAUUCCUGAACAGCAGUGAUAUCAGUAAUGGUAAAGAUCAUUUGGAAAGACAUCUAUCCGGGAAAGAAAUCUCUUUCCACAUGUAGGUCUCUUAGAUUCUUCAGUAAAGUUUUAUAAUUGUUUCAUAUAGGGCUCUUGCAUUUCAGAAAACUUAAUUCCUAAGUAUUCUCUGGUUCCUGUUAUAAUAAUUAAGUUUUCAUUACAUUUUAAUUCUUAUUGACAGAUCUUAUUCCUAAUCACUCUUCUGAAUUCUGAAACUUCUGUGACACACUGCAGAGAGCCUUACAAAUAUGUCCAGCACAGUGUAUUACUCAGACACCCCUGCAGCCACCUCCCAGAACCUUGCCUUUGUCCGAGGAACCCCUUCUUCUGCUCCUGCCCAGCCACAACACCAUGUACCAAUAGACAUUAUCUUGAAUUUUAUAGUCAUUACCUAAACUACUAAUAUAGGGUAGUCUUCCAUUAAAAAAAAAUUUUAUGUU